GCGAGAGAGAGGCUCAGGGCUGCACUCCUCCAAGGGCUUCUCGUACUCUCUCUAUUCACACACGCGCAUCCCGUGCAUCCAGACAGGGGGCUUUCACCGUCCCAGACACACCGUCUGCUGCGACUUUUGUCUGGGAGAGCCGGACAGAGAGGAGGGAUUUUACCCAGGAUCCUUCCGUGAUUUGCAACAGCAUGCGCCCGCCGAGCCAGACUUCAUCCCAAGGUUGAGCGGAGCGCUGCAGCAGGCGACGAGGGAGGAAUGGAUCGCAGAGAGAGCAGCACUUGGAACUGAGGGCUCGCUUUGUGCUUUGCGUCGUCGGAGGAUGCUUUGGGCAUCGCGGCAGGACGUUUAAGAGUACGGCGGAUGCUAGUGGAUGGAUUUUUUAUGCUGUCGGAAAGGGUUGUGAUUCAGAGACAUGAGGCCUUUUCUGAAGAACACCCUUGAAUAUUUCCCUCACUGAGGAUGUGCGAUGAUUUCUGCUCGGCACAACCGCACCUGAGGUCACUUCUUCUCUAGACCGUCUAUUAUACCUCAGGGCUGACUUUCAAAACUCUAAGUGACUGUGUGCUGUGUGCUUAAGUGUCUGUGUGCUUCGCUGGAUUUGAGACCAGUUUUGCUUCACUGCGUCCGGCGUGCAAAACUGCUGAAACAUCGCCCUCCAUGGUUUCUGCUCAUUUCAAGAAGCUAUCAUCUUACAUCGUAAAGAUUUGCAAAGGAAUGUUUACAAAGAAACUGGCAAAUACCACAAAGAAGAAAGAGAGUAGUGAAAACAAAAAAGAACCCAAAACGUACCCCGAUGCAUGGAACCCGACGUUCUCAACCACACUGAAAAGCACAGUUAAAAAGAUCUCCAAAUGCUCGUCGGCACGCAAUAUAUCCCUUGAGGAGGAUGACGGAAAAAACGACUGUUCUUCUCUCUCGCCAACUUUCAGUUACCGUGUAGCAAUUGCCAAUGGGCUUCCAAAAAAUGCCCUCUUUCUGAACAAUAAUGAGUUUCAUGAGGUCUUGUCAAUUGAUAGCUAUUACUCCGACUCUCUAAACGAGGCAAAACUUGUCCAUAGAUUUGAUGAACAAAAAGCUUAUACAAUGCCAGUAAGACGGAACAGGAAGAGUUUGAUUAGUUUAGCGCCCUCCGAUGGCAGCUCGGAGGGGGAGCGGGGAGAGCGCAGCAGUCUCCACACCCUUCGAUUGGGCGCUCUGAAAAAACUGAGGAAAUGGAAGAAGAGCCAAGAAUGUGUGUCCUCGGACUCAGAGGCCAGCAACUGGAGAAAGACUCUUGGCAUCAGAAGCAAAUCUCUGGACCGGGCUGGCCGACACCAGAAAACCACUACCCUGGAGCCGGGAUCCAGCUCGACGGGAUGCAUCAGUCAGACUCAGGACGUGAUGGAGAUGAUCUUCAAAGAACUUCAGGGAAUCAGUCAGAUCGAGUCCGAGCUCUCAGAACUGCGAGGGCACGUUAACGCCCUCAAAAGCUCCAUUGACGAGAUCUCCAGCAGCGUGGAGGUGGUGCAGAGUGAAAUCGAGCAGCUCCGUUCGGGUUUUGUGCAGUCCAGACGCGAGACUCGAGAUAUCCACGAUUACAUCAGACAGAUUAGCCAACAGACCAACAAAGCUACUCUGAGAUUUCUAAAUGUGCCUGAGGAGAAGUACGAAAAAACGGAAGACCUUAUUUAUCAGAUCCUGAAAGAGAAAAUGGGCUUCGCUGAAGCAUGCAAGACAUUUAAAAUUGAACUGGCCCAUCGAAUAGGCCAACAAAGAGAAUGUUACAAUGCUAAACCUCGACCAAUUGUAGUUAUAUUUUCAAGCCCCCAAGACAGGGAUUUAGUUUUGAAAAAGUGUUAUAAGCUAAAAGGGACUGGGAUAUCCAUUUCGACAGAUAGUCUAGCACACGAUUCGAAAGAAAAGAGAGACAAGCCAAUGGUUUUCUCUCAGACGUACGAAAGCAUGGACAUCAAGGUCUCAGCCAAAGACAAAGCCGAAAGUGAUGACUGGGACUCCAUGGAAAGCGACAAAGAGCUUGAUGAAUUAAACAAGAACAAAUAUGCAAUUGUGUCCAAACCACCUCCAAAAAGUAAAUCAGACAAGAAAAAGUCUCACGAUCACCGAAGGAUGGCCGAUGAUGCUGCGUACUCUGUGCACUAUGCCGAUAGCACAGCCUACGAUGACCACGACAAGCAAAGCAAGUCCUACUAUUCUGACAUAACACCUGGAUGGCUCUCUCAGAGCGACUACUCCACUCCCAAACUCAGCCGGUCUGAAUCGGACUGCUCCAAACUUUGCCAGUCUUACUCCGAGGACUUCUCUGAGAGUCAGUAUUUCAGCAGAGUCAACGGCUGCUCCUUGCUCUCCUCCUCAGAUCAGGAACUUUGGCAACGGAAGCAAGAAGACAUGGCAUCCUCCUGGUACGCCAGUCCCCCCAGUCAAACUCUGAACCAAGAACGACCUUAUGCGGAACAUAAUGAAGUUGAAACCACAGAGACUAUUGACAGUGGUGUAAGUAAUGGUCUUGUUUGUAUAUCAGGGGACAGGAGCCAUUACAGCGGCUCUCAGCUGUCACUGCAGGGUGACCUUUCACCAUGGAAAGACUGGCAUCACCUUGAACAAGGUGCUGAUUCAGGUUUGGACGCCUCCACUGAACAGAACAUAAUCUCUGAAAUCAGUAGCCCCUUUGACCCUGCAGCUAACCCUGGUUUCCCUGAGAAAAUAACUAAAUGCCUCGAGGUUGAUUUGCAAUUUGAAGGCGAGACCUUUUUGACACUAGAUAGCACUCCUGACACGGGCCAAGAUCAAGAUAUAGAUAUAGAACCUGAAUUUUUAGAACCUGAGCCAGAACCAGAACAAAUGCCACAGCCAGAACCAGAACCAGAACUGGAGCCAGAACCAGAGCCAGAGGCUGUGAUUGAACCCAUACCAGAACCAGUACUUAAACCUGCAGCGGAACCGCAACCCGAAAAGAAGCCCAAGACCAAGAAGAUCCAAGCUAAGCCUGAAUCAGCUCCACAAACUUUGCAGCGACAUGAUGUGAACCACCUCCAGCACAGCCAGAAAUCUUCCUCCAUGUACCGGAGCCAGAGUGAGAUCAGAAGUGAGAAAGUGGAGGAAGUCCCCAAAUCCUGGAGUAGCAGGCUCAGCAUAGACCUCAGCGAAAAAACCUUCAGCUUUGGAGGAUUUGGAUCCACCCUGCAAAGAGCAAAGUCAGCUUUGGAUUUUGUGUGGAAUAAAGGCUCCCAAAGCACUAGCGCCCCGGUUGAAGAACCGAGCAACACCUCAUUCAUGGGUAGGUUCAGGACCAUGUCCCAGUCCACAGCGAACAGCUCCAGCACAACCAUUGACUCGGAUGUCUACACAGAUCCUUUCUAUUACAAGGCAGAAGAGGAAGAACAACCUGCUGAACAACCUGUGGACAAUGAGACACAUUACGUUGAGGUGAUGGAACAAGUCCUAGCCAAUCUGGAAAACAGAACAAACACAAACGAGACUGAGGAACAGAACCAAGAUGAGGAAUACGACGUCUCGCAAGAGUAUGACAUCUCACAAGAGGGUAACCUCGUGCUAGAAUAUGACUGCAGCCUUGAUGAGCAAUAUGAUGAGGAAUACAGUGAGGAGUAUGACGACAAUCCCAUGACCGAAGACACGGCGGAGUAUGAGGUGAGUUUGGUGGAUUACGUGGAAGAAACCGAGGAACCGGAAGCAGAGGCCGAGGAACAGGAGGAGAGUAAGGAGGAGGUGCAGGAAGAUCAAGAAAUAUCAGAAACGAAGGGAGCAGAUGAGGUAAAAAAGACUGUAGAACAAGAGGAUGAGAACAAAAAUGUUACAGAGGUUCCCGUGCAAGAAGCACCACCCAAAAAAAGGAUACGUCCCACCUUCAAAGAGGUGGCGCUGAGAGCUUACCGGAAGCAGAUGGCUGAGUUGGAACAGCAGAUCCUGGCAGGAGACAGCACUGCUCUGGACACCGAGGGCCUUGCCAACAUCCUGGACCCAGCCAAACUGGGGCUGAGCGGCGGAGGGGUUGGCAGUAUACUGUACGGCAUUGACAGCAUGCCAGAUUUACGUCGCAAGAGGACCAUGCCUAUUGUCCGAGACCUGGCUUUGACAUUGGCUGCUCGAAAGGCAGGCAUUGCGUUUGGGCUGGUGAACAGAACGACUCUGAACAACGAGGAGCUGAAACUGCACGUGCUCAGAAAGACCCUGCAAGCGUUGAUCUAUCCCAUCUCCUCCACCACGCCCCAUAAUUUUGAGGUUUGGACGGCCACGGCACCCACCUACUGUCACGAGUGUGAGGGUCUGCUGUGGGGCAUCGCCCGGCAGGGCAUGCGCUGCACCGAAUGCGGGGUCAAAUGCCACGAGAAAUGCCAGGACCUCCUGAACGCAGACUGUCUGCAACGUGCUGUGGAGAAGAGCUCAAAACAUGGAGCCGAAGACAAAACCCAAAACAUCAUCAUGGCUAUGAAGGAGCGGAUGAAGAUCAGGGAGAAGAACCGGCCCGAGGUGUUCGAGGUGAUCCAGGAGAUGUUUCAGCUCUCGAAGGAAGAUUGCAACACUCACCUGAAGACGGCCAAACAGGCUGUGCUGGAGGGAACGUCCAAGUGGUCUGCUAAAAUCACCAUCACAGUUGUAUGUGCUCAAGGUUUGCAAGCCAAAGACAAGACGGGCUCCAGCGACCCCUACGUCACUGUACAAGUGGGAAAGACCAAACGCAGGACCAAAACCGUUUUUGGCAAUCUCAACCCAGUCUGGGAGGAGAAGUUCUUCUUUGAGUGUCAUAACGCCACAGACCGUAUUAAGGUCCGUGUGUGGGAUGAAGACGACGACAUAAAGUCCAGGGUGAAGCAGCACUUUAAGAAGGAAUCUGAUGAUUUUCUGGGUCAGACCAUCAUCGAGGUGCGCAUGCUGAGCGGGGAGAUGGACGUCUGGUAUAAUCUCGAGAAGCGGACGGAUAAGUCGAUGGUGUCGGGGGCCAUCAGGCUGAAGAUCAGCGUGGAGAUGAAGGGAGAAGAGAAGGUGGCUCCUCCUCACGGACAGUACACAUGUUUACACGAGAAUCUCUUCCACUACCUGACGGAGGUGAAGAACAGCGGAGUCGUGAAGAUCCCCGAGGUCAAAGGUGACGAUGCCUGGAAGGUUUACUUCGACGACGUGUCGCAGGAGAUCGUGGAUGAGUUUGCCAUGCGUUUCGGUGUGGAGUCCAUCUACCAGGCCAUGACGCAUUUCUCAUGUCUCUCAUCCAAGUACAUGUGUCCCGGCGUUCCUGCGGUGAUGAGUAACCUGCUUGCCAACAUCAACGCCUACUUCGCUCACACAACAACGGCAAACACCAACAUCUCCGCCUCCGACCGAUUCGCAGCAUCCAACUUUCGGAGAGAAAAGUUCGUCAAACUCUUGGAUCAGCUUCACAACUCUCUGCGCAUCGACCUCUCCAAGUAUCGGGAUAAUUUCCCUGCUGGGAAUCCAGAGAGACUCCAGGACUUGAAAUCAACCGUCGACCUGCUGACGAGCAUCACCUUCUUCAGGAUGAAGGUGCAGGAGCUGCAGAAUCCUCCCAGAGCCAGUAUGGUGGUUAAAGACUGUGUGAAGGCCUGUCUGGACUCCACCUACAAAUACAUCUUUGACAACUGCCAUGAGCUCUAUAACCAGCUGCUGGACCAGGCUAAGAAGCAGGAUCUGCCGCGUGAGGAACAGGGUCCGUCCAUCAAGAAUCUGGACUUCUGGCCCAAACUGAUCACGCUGAUGGUGUCUGUUAUUGAUGAAGACAGAACGGCCUACACACCCAUCAUUAACCAGUUCCCUCAAGAGCUGAAUAUGGGCAGAAUCAGUGCUGAAAUCAUGUGGAACCUCUUUGCCAUGGAUAUGAAGUACGCAAUGGAGGAACACGACAAGCAUCGUCUAUGCAAGAGCACAGAGUACAUGAAUUUGCACUUCAAAGUCAAAUGGUUCCACAACGAGUACGUCCGAGACCUGCCUGCCUUUAAGGGAAUUCCUCCAGAGUAUUCACU